AUGUUGGCACCAGUGUCAGAACAGCACGUUGCCUCCGCCGGCGCCCCCAGCCCACCAUCGACACGGCCACUUGAAUCCCGAGACCCCGAGAUUCUGCCGUUGCCCCUGCCCCAGAUGGACCACAUUAUCAAGCUGACGCUUAAGCAGUUCAAAAAGCUCGAGCUCCAGUUGAACAAAUUCAAUCUGAAGAAGUUGAACACCCAGCUGGGAUGCCACCUCAAAGGCAACAUUUUGCGGACGCUGUUGCUCCCACUUUUACGUCAUCAUAAGGAUUUGGGUAGACACUUUACUAAUCUGCCUACUAUGUAUAAGCUGUUGGUCAGCGUCAUCGUCGCCGUGCUCAUCAAAUGGUGGAAGCUGCUUAUCGCAAAUCUCAUGAUUGAAAUACUGAAAAAAGGAUACGGAGCCGGGCUCCAUCCGAUACCUGCCAGCGAUCGUAACGCCUACCUUGAGCUGAUUUCUCGCAUGAUGGCUCUCCCAUACUGGGAUGUGGUCGAUGCUGACUUUUACGAGAACUUCAAGACCCACUUGACGACAACUUUACAUUGGUCGAUUACAAAACUUAGCACGAUCAAAACUGUGACGGUGUCGAUGGCGGCGUUUGUGGGUAAAGUUUUUGCCCACCUGUUUAUUCAUUUGCCACAGGUGCUGAAUGCCCUCUUGUUCUUAUUGAAUGUCAAGCAAGAGUCGUUUGAAAAGGCGAGACUGCUAUUAGACGCCAAUAAAUGCAGUGCCGAUGCCAUGGUGUGCUUUCCUCAACACCUUGCUUACCUCAGCGACUUCCGUGGCGUGCCUGUCACCAGCCACCCUAUACACCGACAGGCUCAAUGCAUCAACUGCGUACCGCCUCCAAAGCAGGCGGUGCGGGGUAUCAAAGACCCCCAAGGUAAUUGGGUUCGUCGGUGGGCAAGUUCAGACCUGCUGGUGUUUGUGCUGUUCUUUCGACAUUAUAUGACUAUCGUUGACCACAGGCUCCGCGUGCGGGGCGUUGACGCCACCAAGACGCUGAUAUUGAGCAACUGUCCUGGGUUCACCGUGCUUUAUGCCCAUAUUGUGCACACCAUCAACAUGCUGAUUACCAAUAUCGCCGUGAGGGCGCACCUCCGGCCCAAGCAACAAAAUCCCAACGCUACCAUGACAUUACCACAAUUCUCUAUCAACCCUCUGGAUGUUUAUUAUAGCCUGGUUAUCAAGUUGUUUCGGAUGAUUCGAGAUAUAACAUAUUGCCUGGUAAUGUUCCCCUCAACCGAGGUAGCCGAUCUGGCGGCGCUGGCGACGCUGAGCACGUUACCGGUCGGGGUGUCAGGGGCACUGGGAGUUGCUGAGCUGUUGGUGCGGUUUGUUGACCGAGCCCUUGCCGACUUUGCCGCCCUGGUGAGUGUUCACAACCAACUCAAGCUGACGGUGGUGCUUAACAUUACCUACGAAUUCAUCAACCAAAUUGUCAACAAUAUUCCUAUGCUGGCAGCGUUAAUAGACUGGGAAUUCUGGCUUGCAUGCACCUACCAAAUGCUUGACAAAACUGAUCAAAUUCAAACCUUACUCAAAACAUUCUCGUUUUUGUUUAACGUGUGGCCGCAAAUCCCAGACGCCUUGACACGAGGUAGUCCUUCUGGGCCUCAUUUCGCUUGGUUAAUCGAUUUGAACGAGCUGUACAAGCUUAACUUUGUCAACUGGCUUUUGAGCAAUCGAGUAUUCGUUCGGUUCAUGACCCAUUGGCUGCUGGCGGUACGCAUUUUUUAUAUGCGUUUGCUUGUGUGGCGGGUGAUUGGCGUCAACAACAGUCAGCUGCUGCCGCAAAUCUUGACCACCAAACGGCUUCAAGACAAAAUCAAUAAACUGUACAACGUUGUGCAUGACUUUGCUGUGCUUCAUGGCCAUCGUGGGCUCAACUUCUGUGCUGACCAUCCAUUAGUCAACCGCAAAUUUGGAAUUUUGCCCAUGAAUGCUAAGGAUGACUAUUUGCUCGACGACCUUGUUGGUGGAGGGGUCGGCGGUUUGACCACAGUACCCAAAGUCUCGUCUGUCCCCUCGCCCGCGCUUCUGACCCCGAUCAAACCGCUCCUGGAGCUUCGCAAAAGCCAUCCUUACGAAGUAUUCGACGAGGCUAUCUACACAUGUCUGCUGUUGCCGCUGUCGCUGACAAAUUCAUCAGAUGAGCUGAUUGAUGCCAAGCCCAAAGGUCUCGUUACUCUGUUGGGGCGCUGGUUCAAAUUCAUGCUGAAUGACAGCCGCAGUCAAUCGCUUGUCGGGCUUGAUCAAAUUGAGAAUGAGGUGAAACUUACUAAGCGGAACUCAGUGCUGUUGACGUCGCUCUCUACUGCGUACUCCCUGAUCAAACUGAGAAGCUCUCUGCCUCUGAUCAUGCUGUUUGGGUCUCAACAUACCAACUUCACUGAGCUGCCGACGCUGUCGAUGGAUAGCGAUGACGAAAGCAUCACCACAUUGGAAAUCAAAGCUGGUGGAAGUCGCAAACAGAGUCCGCGUGCUGAACUGCAACCAGCAGAAUUUUCUCGCAUGCCUCCAGACAUUGUUAGACCCAUCUACAAAUUUGACAUUGUCAUGGACACCGAGCUGAUGGGCCAAAAAUGUCGGUUGAUCAACGAGUGCAAUCACAGCCAGUGUAAGUUUGCUGGCCACCUCCUCGUACCCCAAGGAAUCGAGAACUUCCCUCGUUGUCCCAAGAUUCCUUUGAUCCUGAUUUACUUCACUCUGGAAACGACAAGGUUUUAUUUGAGAGAUGAGGGGGAUGUCGAUAUUGACAACUUUAUUGAUGCUGACGCUGUGCUGAACCGUGAUGCCGUCACUUUACUCGCCGAAUACUCUCGCUAUUACAAAGGAUCAACCGUGUCUCUUGGCAGCCGGGAUCCUCAUAUAGUUCGCCUAGUGAAUUUGGGCAAGUCUCUCAAUGAGCUCAACCAUAUCAUUGAUGAGUUCAAGCUGUUUUUGAAUACUCGGGUUGAAAUUGAUCAAUUUAAUGAUGAGGUCACGACCGAGUUCAACGAGAAGAACUACUUUUCAAAAAUCAUUCCCUAUUUACCCAUUGAUAGCUCCAAUGAGCUUAAAUUGCUUAACGCCAACUAA